AUGCAAUACCUCCUUUACACUGCGGCUGUGGCUUUCUUUGCCCGACUGGCCAUUGCGCAGACAGUUGAUCCCAAUUCAGUGCCCUUGUCAACGAGGCAGGCCUGGUGUGACUCUCAAAUUUCACAAUGUCCGCUGAUUUGCUUGCAAGAGGAGGGGAAUUCUGCUGCUACAUACUCCAAUACCUGUGACCCUGUGACCCUCACCUACAGCUGUGUUUGCUCCAACGGCCUCGCUCCCAAUGCCUCGGAAUACUCUCAGACUCUACCAUACUACAUCUGCACCCAGUACAAUUCCAAUUGUCAGGCAGCUUGCGGUAACAACAACGAUUGCGCCGCCGCAUGUGUCCAAGAUCACCCAUGUGGUGCUUCGGAUCCUACAAGAGUGAACACAAGCACAAUCACCACCAUGCCCGCUACCAGCACUACCGCAGGGGCUGCGGCUUCCACGGCAUCAGAUGGCGUGAUAUAUACUGGCUUCGGUGAUGGUGCUGCUGCCACCGCUUCUGCUUCUUCCGACGGCUCAGGAAGCUCGGCGGCCACAAGAAUCAUUGUCAACAUUGGCCAGAUUUAUGGACUAGGAGUUGUUGCUGCAGGUAUCUUUGCCGGCUUCUCAUUUAUGCUUUAA